GCCUCUUCCUCCUCCUCUUCCUCCUCCUCCUCCUCCUCGGCGCUGCCCAGCGCCGGGGCUCUCCCGGCGCCGCUCCGCGAGGCGCGGCCGCCGCUUCCCCGCCCCGGCGCGGGGCCGUCCCUCGUCCCCUCCCUCCCUCCGCCCCGUCCCCGCCCGCCGCGGCAGCCCCGAGCGGGAGGCGGCGGAGGGAGGCGGGAGCCAUGCGGGAGUACAAGGUGGUGGUGCUGGGCUCGGGCGGCGUGGGCAAGUCCGCCCUCACCGUGCAGUUCGUGACCGGCUCCUUCAUCGAGAAGUAUGACCCCACCAUCGAGGACUUCUACCGCAAGGAGAUCGAGGUGGACUCGUCGCCGUCCGUGCUGGAGAUCCUGGACACGGCGGGCACCGAGCAGUUCGCCUCCAUGCGGGACCUCUACAUCAAGAACGGGCAGGGCUUCAUCCUGGUGUACAGCCUGGUGAACCAGCAGAGCUUCCAGGACAUCAAGCCCAUGCGGGACCAGAUCAUCCGCGUCAAGAGGUACGAGCGGGUGCCCAUGAUCCUGGUGGGCAACAAGGUGGACCUGGAGGGCGAGCGCGAGGUCUCCUUCGGGGAGGGCAAGGCGCUGGCCGAGGAGUGGAGCUGCCCCUUCAUGGAGACCUCGGCCAAAAACAAAGCGUCCGUGGACGAGCUGUUCGCCGAGAUCGUCAGGCAGAUGAACUACGCGGCGCAGCCCAACGGGGACGAGCCGUGCUGCGCCUCCUGCGCCAUCCUCUGAGGGCGGCGGCGGCCCCGCGCCCCGGCGGGCACGCUCGGGGAGAGAAAACAUCGGCAGCAAAACUCAUCGUGGUGGAAAUGUGGCUUUUCUCGGCAUGUACGUUUCGUCCAGUCUCGGUCAUGGCAUAUUUCCUGUCAGUGUCGGCGGCGGGCGCGGGAGCGGCCGGUCCCGCCGCCCGGGGAGCGGAGCCACGCGGGGAGCCCGCCCCGGGACAGCGGCGGGGAGCGGGGCCCGCAGCUCGGCCAGGCCCGGGAUAGCGGGGCCGCACCCCCGGGACAGCCGCGGGCAGCGGGGCCCGGCCAGCCCCGGCACAGCCCCGGCACAGCGGGGCCGCACCCCGGGACGCCCCCGGCAGCCCCGGAGCAGCGGGGCCCGUCCCGGCGCUGCCCGCCGUCUCUAUGCAAGCGGGAGCGGUGCGGGGCCGUCCCGCCCGGAGAGUUGCACAUGGAACUGGGACUGUGACCCGAUCGGUGCUGCCAGGCACGGCGCGCCGGGCAGCGCCGCCGAUAUCCCUGGAAUAAUGCUCUAUUUUGUUUACCUGCUGUAUCGGAUGGGAGUUUGCAGGAGAGUGGUAGCGUGGUGGUUUUUCUCCUGGUUUUGUUUGGAUUUUUGUUUUUAUUUUUUAAAUCAGCUGUGAAAAUGUUACAAAUCUGCACAAUUGUUUAGGUGUGCGUGUGUGUGUGAUUUCGUUGUGGUUUUGGUUUUUCCUUUGGCGGGGGGUGGGAGGGCGGUGGUGCUUUUUUUGCCGAGGGGUUUUGGAUUUGGGUUGGCAAUACCUGAUUUUGAUGACUAGCUCUCUCAAGUGCAAAGACUUCCCAUGAGUGAUGCAGGGCCAGCAGCAGCCCUGUGUCUGUAGAGUGCCUUCAAAACUCAGCUGUUCCAGCCGGUGCCAACCUGUGAAAGCUCCACAGAAUCCCAUUAUCUACUACUCCAAAAACUACUUAACAGUUUCCUUGCAGUAAUCACACCGAGCAAGCCAGGACAAAAGGGCCUAUUGUUAGUGGAAUUUAUUUCUUAUUUCCAUCUGAGCCUUUUAACUGUUAUUUCCAUGUCUUGCAAGUUUGGCCUUCAUUUACUUCAAAUUUACAAGAAUUUAGCCUUUUGGGAUUUUUGGGUGGGGGGCCUUUUAAAAAUUUCUUUGGUUCUAUUUCCCUUUGAUUUUUGUCGUGGGAUGUGCCUCCAGCCAGCAAAGAAGGAAAUCUUAUCGUUGUGAUGUACCAAGAAAAUUCUAACAGCUGUCAUUUUAAUUGCAGACAUGCAUUGAAGAGAUGUCUAUCCAUUUGAAGAAUUUUAAUACAAAUGCUGUUUUUUAGAAAACAACUUUGUGCAUUGUUAUGUAUCACAUGAAACACUGACUUUCACACAGGAUCUUAAUCCAGAUUUGUAUCUCAGUAGCAGUGAAAGGUGGAGGGGUCGAUUUAGCUGAGAACAGUGGUGGAAAAAAGGCAAACCACAAGAUUGCUGUUUUACCUGAUAUUUAGUCAUUUCUGAUGCAGGUUUUUGCUUGCAUUCAGUCCUGGCCCAGUGUGCUGCCAAGCUGUGGGGAGCAGGCUGUGCUCAGAGGCAGCUUUAGGAAGGUAGUGGGGGCUCACUGCAACAGGCCCUGGAAGAUUUGGCCCUCUUUCCCUCCUGGGAGCAGCGUGGUUUAUUGGGGUGAAGUUCUGAAGGUCAAUUAUUUAUGAAAUUCAAACUUUUAGUCUCACUGCAUUAUCACUUUAAAGUUAUAAACCAGCCCUUUUUGUUUCUGGUUUGCAGGGGCUGGGCUGGGAGGGGACCUGUGCCUCCCACAGCUGGAAGGGCCAAGGGGCUUCUUUACCUGUCCUGUCCCUCUCUGUGCCCUUCUUUAAAGGUCUGCACACAAAACCUGCAGCAACCCUUUCCCCCCUGUCCCAAGAAGUGUUGAAAUUAUUUUACAUCUCAAAAACAAAGGUUGAACAGGGGUUUUUAGUCAGGCCAGCUGAAAGUGGCUGCCAUGGUUCCUCUGUGAUUCUGGUAAUUUCUCCUGUUUUAGGCAGGAAAACUUUGUGUCCCAGCCCUGGCAGAGCAGUGUGCAGUGUCAGUUUGCUGCCCCUGCUGCCUGGGCUCUCCCUCUGAUCAACACGUCAAUUUACCCCUGUUUUAAGUGAAAUUUGAAGACCUCAUUGCAGCUCAUCUUCCAGGAAUUCCUAGAAGUUCCUUAGAAGCCAGAGGACUCCCAUGCUGGGAGGCAGGGGAAUAACACUGACAGAAAGGGUUUCUUUUAACCCAAGAGCUGCAGUGAAAGCUAAGGGAGCUUGGCUGCUGCCACAUCUGCAGCUUACAAACUGCAUGUCUGAUGUUAAGAAAAUAAAUUUACAUCUCAGUUACUGCCAUGGUUCAAUUUUGCCUUAAAUUCAAUGGGAAUGUAGUUUUCAGCACCCCCCAGGCCUCGAUCAGUGCAUUGACAGCAGCUUGGUCUGGUUGAUAGGAGCAGUAUUUAUUGUGCCCUGCCAGGAGCCAGCAGAGCCCUCACCUGCCCCAGUGCCUGGGCUUGAGGAAUAAAGCAAAACCACAAAGUGCAGCUGUGCAGCUGGGGCAGCCAGCUCAGCUCUGUGUUGUGCUGGCCCUUCCUGAGGUGCACUCUGGGUUUGGCCAGAAAGGUGCAUUUGUUAAACUGAAGCGUUUGAGCAGCCGUGGCACUGUCUGAGCAGGGUUUUGAAUGUAUUUAGGCAUUCCAUGUUCUCUGUGACUGCUGAGGGCAGUACAAAGCGUAGAGCUCAGCAGUCUGAUCUUCCAAAUACUCUGAAGUGUUUUGGUGCUCGUUAAACAUAGGCCUUGUCUAUAAAAAGUGAUAAAAAUCAUCCUGCUUUAACUUGACUGAGUGAUGAAAGCUAUAUUAGCUUGGACACUUGAGGGAAAUGUUGUAUCAAUAUAAAGGUACUCUCUAUUCCUUUUCCCUGUGGGAAUAUGUCACACCCGUGUCAAUACAGAGGUGGUAUAUCGCUCUUUUCACAGUGAGAAUUGCAAAUAUUUACUUGUUUUGGAAGAAAAAUUACAUUCCCGGCCAAAAUACUUCCUGACAUUGCAGAAAUUGUGUAAACAAGGCCUUGGUUAAAGGCUGGUCUUGUGACCACAUGUUUUGCUGUACAUAAUGAUUGUAUUUUUGCAAAGCCGAGCAUGUUGUGUGGCACGGGGUGUCUGUGCCCGCUCCGUGCCCUGUGCCCAGCCCGGGGCAGUGCUGCUGCUCAGCGUGGUGCUCAGGAUGGACCUCGUGCUGCUCGUGCCUCUGGGACCUGCUGGGGCUGCUCCUCUCGAGAGAAUGUACGGCCAGAUGUUUGCAAAGGGCAUUUUCAAUAAAGGGCAGUGGCUCUUUAUGGCUUCCUCACUUGGGUUCUCAUUGUGUGCAGGUGUUCUUCGGGCUCAGCUUUCCUCCAGGAGUGACAAAAUGCAGAAAGCUGCGUGUUCUUUGGGGAUUUUGUGCUAAAGGAGUGGCGCAGGUGCGUGGAUGGGAGGCAGCUGGAGCCCUGCUGCCAUCAGAGGCUCUGUCCUGGCCAGGUUUGUACCUGGUGUACAGCCCAGGUGCUCCUCUGAGCAGCCUCACUGCACCCCUGGGCACAGCUGGUGAUGUUCUGCUGAGAGCUGAGACCUGCUCCACAGGCAAACGUGUGUGAGCUCAGUUCCACGGGGUUUGAAUAUUGAUAUUCACAGCUUACAGCCUGCUCCUACGGUGUUUACUGCAGCCUCGUGCAAAAUGUGUGUGUCAAAGGCUCUCCUUGCUGUCACAUUGCUGCAGCAGUGCUGGAGAACCUCCUUUUGCAGGAAUCCAGCAUCUGCCCAAACUGCAGAACUUUGUGUUACACUCUUUGGUAACCAUGUGUGCAGCAGAUGAGAGGGGUUUGAGAGCAAACUUUCAGUGCAAAAAGCAAAAGAUAUUCAAGUGAGUUGUAGUGAUGAAAAAUGGAGUGCAAGCGUGUUGCUGGGGCUGCAUGUGUUGGGGAUUUGGGCUCUUUUGUUGAUUUUGUGUUUUAAUUUGUGUAGUUUGUUAGUCUGCCAUCAAAAGUCCUGCUGUGUUUCCCAAGGAAGAGUCUGUGUGUGUGUGUGUGUGUGUGUGAGAUCUGCCUUCACUGGGGCUGCAAUCAGAAUUCCUCCCUUUCCACAGAUGAUCUCACCUCAGUGGCCUCAGCUCUGGAGCAUUCCUUGUGGGACAUUCCUUAUGGGACAUUCCUUAUGGGAUAUUCCUUGUGGGACAGUCCUUGUGCUGAAGGAGCCCCACAGACCCUGGCCAAUGGUGGUGAUGGGCAGAGAUGUCCCCGCAGAAAGCUCCAGAACAGCCUUUGCCUUUUCUCUGUGGCUGUUUUCCAUUUCUGAAGGUUAAAACUGCUCCAGCCAGCACCGGGGCUGCUUUGCUGCUGUCCAUGCCAGAGGAGCAUUUUUAUUGUGCAUGAAGCAAGAGCUCAAAUCCUUAAUCUGCACUAUGCAGCGAGUCCCAGACCCUACCUAAACCACUGUAAAAUUCAGUUAACCAUUGCAAGUCAUCCAAGUAAAUCUUAAAAUAUUGAAAGCAGCUGUUCUGUAUUGACUCUAUUUUUCAUUUUGGCAGUCUUGGGUCUUUUGGAGGUUUGGGUGAAGAGCAGACUGAUCAAGCAGCCAUAGCUUUGUUUUGUAGUCCUUGACAGAGAGAUUUUUAGGAAAAUGGUGCCUGACAUGUAACUUCAGCUGCAAGGAUUUAAACCCCAUUUAUUUCUACAAAGUUCUCUAAGUGAACAUUAUAAAAAGUGCUUAGUUAAAAGAUUUGAUAUCCAGGUACGGACAGAUCCCAGAUGUUUCUCCUCUGCUUGACAGACCAAUAAUGAUUGUGCAAAAAAUUCUGCAGCAAUGAGCCUGGACAGAAUAUUAAUAAAUUGCCACAGUUUUUGCCUUUUGAUACAACCAUG